AUCACAGCACAAGAUGUCGAAAGCCUCUACAAAGGAUACGGAGGUGUGUGAAGGAAAUGAAGGUGGUGAUGGAGUUGGAGCUUGGUGUUGUCUCUCCGGGAACAAGGAUUUCUUUGAUGUUAUUCUGUCAAAGUCACAUAUCACCACCGUUCCUCAUUAUCUGCGUCCACCGACACAUAUUCUUCCCAAACUUCCUAGUGCAAAGGUGCCUUUGGCUCUGAGGCAUGGUGACAAGCAGUGGCAGAUGAUGUAUCAUGGAAACGACAGCAGGCCGAGGUUCGCUUGCGCUGGUUGGAAAAAGUUUGCGACUGAUAACAAUCUGGCAGAGGGAGAUGCUUGCAUCUUCGAGGUGAUGGAGUCGAGCCCUCAGAUCCUCAGGCUCGACGUCAUCAUCAUCAGGAACACCAUGGAUCUGCCGCCGGCACUGCUGUCCAAGAUUCAAUCCAAGGGAAAGACACCAGAGACAGCCAUAGAGCUUUAACUUCACUAUUAUGCUUUGCAUAUUUAAGUCUAGACUGUAGCUUGUUUAUGUUUUCUACUCUUCUCUACUAUGUUAAUUAGGUUAAUUUGGAUUUAAUUUGCAUGCUUCAUCAUGUUCAUUGUCCUUUAAUGCAGUCCAUAUGGUUUCUUGGUCAGUGGAUUGUAGUCAAUGGAUUGAAAUUUUUAUCCUA